AUGGUUGGCCUAGGGCCGACUGAUCAAGGAUGUGAUUCCUUUGAUGUGUGCAUGGUGGCACGUGAAACUACACCGAGUGCGGUCGGCCGUGAGAGCACCGCACUGAAUGUCGGUAAUGACAUUUUCGGCGAUACUCCAUUUAGUGUGGGCGGCCGUGAAGGCACCACGCUUAACGUCGGUAAUGGCGUUGUUGGCGAUUCGCCAAAUAGUGUGGGCGGCCGUGAGGGCACCACACCUAAUGUCAAUAAUGAUAUUGUUGGCGAUACGCCGUAUAGUGUGGACGGCCGUGAGGGCACCACGCUUAACACCGGUAAUGGCGUCGUUGGCGAUACGCCGUAUAGUGUGGGCGGGCCGUGA